AGUCGAGCGCUCAAACGAAAAUAUAUUCUCAUUUGUAAAUACCAUAUAUAACGUACAUGAAUAUAUAUAUAUAUAUAUAUAAACAAAAAACCUGGAUUAUACGUACUACAUGCGUAUAGGUCAUGUGGUAUAACAGCAAAUAAUGAGAGUGAUAACGGAUAGCAAACGGCAGUAAACAGUAGACAGUAAAUAUUGAAGUGAUCGUUUAAUAAGUAUGAAUUGACAAACUGGAGUUAUAACUUAGGACUGUAUGAUUGAUAUACAAUGAAAAAUAAUAGCAACAUCUGGUAGAAUAAUCUUUUUUAAGUCUUUCUUUUCAUAUGUCUUAUUAUUUAUUUAUCUAGUCAUUCAUAUUCUACAAUAUCAAUAUUAUUGUAUGAUCAUAUGAUAUAUAACAAAUACUAUUAUUAUAUAUGGCCUUGUUUAUAACAAUAUUUCAAGUGAUGUAUAUGUAAUAUAAUAUAUAUUUAAUCAUAUAAUUUUACGUGCAAUAAACAAUUAUAAUAGAUAUAGAAGUAGUUAUAAGUAUACUAUUUAUAUAUGUAUAUACAUCUGAUUACAUUGAAUCUUGUUAUGUUUACAUGUACAAACUUUAUUACCUCACACAUAAAUCAUUAUUUUUAGUAUUCAUUUUUUCUAUCAAAGUCAUAGAUAUUCCCAACAAAGCAGUUUUGCUAUUGUACUAUAUCUAUAAAAUAUAGAUAAAAUAUGAAUCUCAAACUAUUAAUCUUUAGCAUUAAGGUUUCCAAACAAUAACUGAUUGAUUGUAUAUAUAUUACCCACUAUGCGAAUAAAGGAUACCUAUGUUUACGAUUAUCACAACCAGAGUGAAUUUUUGUAAUUUUUAAGUUUUCUUUUUGUUCAAUUUUUUAUAUAAGUAACAGAAAUGAUAAAAAAUAUUUUUAUAAUACAUAUUUAUAAAUUUAAAAUAUUCUACCUAGAUACAUAAGUAAAUAUUAAAAAUGUUUUCAUAAAAAACAAAAGAAAAAAAUUAAGUGGACUGCAAGACUAUCAAUAGAAAAAAAUGUAAUCAAUAUACAUGGUUACAUAAUUUUUCAUUUUUUAUUGCAUUACUAUUACAUUAACUUUGGAAGUAAAAAGAAGUUUAUUUAAAUUAAAGAGAAUAAUUUUGAAAUGUAUGAUUAUUUUAAUAUGUCAUGUUUAGAUGAUAAAAGUGCACUUAAAUUAAAUAUUAAAGUAAACAGUGAAAAUUUAUUACCAAUUCCACAAAAAUACAAUGUUGGAUCAUUGAGAGUACCUGAAGAUCCAUCAUGGCCAAAAAUUCCACCACGUAAAUUAGUAGAUGAUGCUGAUGACAUAAUUCAUCCUCCGUGCGUUAUUACAUUAACAGGUACACCUAGGAGAAGUCGUACUACAGUACGCACACCACAACAUCAAUCAUUCAAAACAAUGGAAAUGAAAGAUUUUGAUUCUUCCGUACAUCAAUUAACACUUAAUACAAUAAAAAGGAAACCUGGUUCAUUAGAUCCUCGUUUUAAGCGCGUAACUGCAGUAAAAAAUCAGACUACACCAACAGAAUCUAUUAAACAAUAUAAUACUUCGAAAGAACCACAACAGAGUGCUUCUAUCAUAAAACAAUCACAAUUUCCCUGUGAAAUGAUGAAGAAAACUGCUUCUGGAAAAAACUUAAAUAUCUAUCAGAUAACACAAGAAAGUAUAAAGGAGCCAGAAAAUGAAGAAAUUAAAAAUAAUAAUAGUCAUUUCAUACAAGAACUAAACAGAGAUAAAAGCAAUGUGGAAGAUAACAACAAAUUAGAAUGUAAACUUCAUCUAGCAAAGGAUCAUAAUACAAAUAAUUUUACAAAUAUAAAUAAUACAAGUAAAAUAGAUUCUAUAGACAUCAAAGAAAAUAUUGAUCCCGUUCCAGAAAAAACUAAAAAUAUUAUAGAAAAUGAAAUAUCCAAAGAUGAACAAAUAUCAACCUCUACCUAUAACGAGAAAUGUAUAUUAGAAACUAAAACAAAGAAUGAUUUAAAAGUGCUAUCAGAAAAUCAAUCAUUACAAUCUUCUAAUGAAUGUGAUGGUCAAAUUUUACUUGUUAUGAAAAAGAAAGUACAUUCUUUACCUAGUCCUAUACCUCAGUAUACAACACAAUGUUACAAUGUACAAGUACCAAUAAUUACAUAUCAAAAUAUACCUCUACAAAUAUCAACUUGUACAUCAGGGGAUGUCAAUAUCUCCCCUUGUAUUACAAAUACUUUACCAAUAACUGACUUAUGUACAACUACACAAUUUAAAAUAAAACAUAAAAAUUCAGAUAUUCAUUCAUUAUCAUUAGAAAAACAAAAUUUGGACAAUCUACAGCAAAAGCAUGAAAUAGUAAAUACUAACAACGUUGAUACUACAGAUACACAAGUUAGACAAGAGGCUCUUAUUUUAGAUAAGAAAAUAGAGGAUAGAACUUCAGAGCAGCCCAUAGUUGAAAACAAUUAUUAUGAAACUUCUUCUUUACCAAAUAACGAUAAAAUUUAUAUUUCUGUUGAUAAUAAUAAUGAUUUUAAUCGUUCUAACAAUCAUUUGAAAAUUACAUCACAUCAACAGCCAAUAAAAAUUAAUAAUUCAAAUGCUUAUAUAUCUACUAAAGUUCCAAAUUUUAAAAAAUGUACUUUAAAUCAACGGCGCAAAAUGAGAUCUGAACAAAAUUUAUUGCAUAAAGAAAAUAUAUAUAUUAAAAAGUUCUUUCAAUCAUCAGAACCUUAUAUUACAUCCAGGCGAAGAAGAAUAAAAGCUAACUUUUCGAAAAAAGCAAGAUUGUACUUUCAAAAAAAAUCUAGAUCUGGUAUAAUAAAUUCUAAUUGUACUUUAUUAUGGCCAGGUUAUCAGCAAACAAACUGUAAACACGGUCAAAGAUUUCCAAAAGUUGAACAAUAUACAAAAGAAAAAAAUUGCCAUUACUUAAUGCUAAAGAAACCUAUUGAUGAAAGGAAUAAAGAUGUAAAUACGAAUUGCAUUAAGAUGGAAUCUUUAGUUGAAAAUCCUACUGUGUCUUGUGAUGUCUUUUGCCAGCAAAAUGAGGAAAACAAAUAUAAUGGUUUGCAAAGAUCAGAUAAGAAUACUUCUAUUGACAAUCCUAUAAGAAUAUCUCUUAAAACACAAGAAUUAUUAAAUAAAAGUUAUCUAGAAUACUAUAAUAAUUUAAAACAAAAAACAGGCAACAUAGAAAAUAUACAACAAAAAUAUUUUCAUAAAGUAGCAUUAGAAACUCCUUAUGUUAAAAGAAGAAAAAACAAAUCAUUCUAUAAUAAUAUUUAUAAUGAUGAAGUAAAAUUUAAUCCAGAGAUGCAAACAAUAGAACAAUGUUCAGCUUUGUCAAGUAUAAUUAAUAAAAAUCUGGAUUCCACUUUACAACAUUCAAGUGAUACAACACAAACAAAACAAUUGUAUGUUAAUAGAAAUAUUAGGCAAUCUUUAGAUCCAACAGGAGGCACUCAAAAUAAAACUGUACAAAACAUGGUUUCUAAGAUAGCUACAGAUAUUUAUGAAAAUUCCAUUACAUCAUCUACAUUUAUACACAAAAUUAAACAUAAAAAAGAAAAAUGUAUUGAAAAACGAUUUAUAAAAUUAAAAACCAUUGUAUUUUUUGGUACUAUAAUGUAUGCCUUGGUUGUAUUUUUACCUAUGAUCUAUGAUUAUUUCUUUUAUGAAGAUUAUGAUGACUAUGAGGACUUCACAUAUAUUGAACUCAUAAUAAAUUAUGUAAUUUCAUCCUUUAAAGAGGCUUUUAAUAGUUUCUUCAAUACAUUUUAUAGAAUCUUCUUCCAGCCGCGUGCCUGUAAGAAAUGUAACAGCAUAUCUUAAUCUUGCUAGUGAUUAUUUCAUUAUAUACAAAAUGAAAAGUGAAACGUGUAUUAAAUGAAAAGUAUUUUGAU